AUGCAGCUACUUGCAGCCGUUCAUGGCGAGUACCAGUCAGUGCUCAUCGAUCAGGAAGGUCGCCAAGACGCGCACCAGACCAACUAUCCAGACACUUUCCUUGAGGACGCUCACGAUCCCGAGUGGCUGGUCGACCAUGUCACUGGGGACCUGCCUUCGUUUCAGCUGUCCCCGUCAUUAGCCCGCACUCCAAAUUUCAUGGAUGCAGGCCAGCCUCCAAAUGCACGGCACCCGAUGCAAGGAGUCUUCGCUGACAUCGUCUCUGACCCCGCGGCGGUUGAACCGUCGGCCUUCCUCGACUCCCUCACGAUUCCACGCCUGGCAGACCUAAGCUCCCCUGAAUCAAGUAUCCAGUACCCAUUACGGGACUUGAUCCGAGUCUUGGAGCAAUAUCCAAGGAAUCUCCUGCGCGAUGAUUUCACCCCACCCAGUCUCCAUCGCAGCCUCUAUGACGAGAACGUGCCCGACAUAGCGACACUAGCACGAACCUCCAUGGCGGUCUGCUGUGGUAGCGCAAUGGAGACCGCCGAGGGUGCACGCUUCGCAAAACACGCAAUGGAAGUAGAGCGACAGCGACUCAUUGCGUCGUACCGCACAUAUAGCUGCAUGCACCAGUGGGAUGCGUUGCAUGCCAUGCUCGUGUAUAGCGUCCUCGAGUUGCGGGCAUCUCUUGCCGAGGGCAAUGAUGGCUGGAAACAAAAGUCCUGCUCGAAAGGUCUGAAAGCUCCCUUCUUGGUGAAGAUGACUCGAGAUUUUAUUCGAUCACAUACCGUACCGGAGGAGAAUUUGACAGCACAGGCGUAUACACCUGUACAAUCGUUCCAGCAGUGGGCGACUACCGAGACCGCACGGCGGACCAUCUUCCUUGCGAACAUUGUGCAUUUUCUAAGCAAUCAUGACCCGGAGACGGGCGAGCCUUCUCCAUAUUAUGAGCCUUUGGAUGAUGAACUAGUGCUCAGUAUGCCCCUGCCUUCCGCUCAUACCAUGUGGGCUGCUCGGACGGAGCAGGAGUGGAGGCAGGCGAUGAAGAGCCUCGAAACCGCCUCGUCUCCGGACGGCGAGUAUCCUUCUUCAGAAGUCCAUCCGGCCCAAAAGGGUCUAACUUUGGGAUAUUACCUUUCAGAGUAUCCGCAUGAGACUUUACACAAUUACCUGAAGUAUCAUUGUGGCCUCGGUAGUACUGAUGAGCUUCGGAGUUUCAUCGUUCUGUGUGCCCUCAAGCAGUUCGAUCACAUACAACCGAGUCCGUCCUCCUGA